CUCGCCCUCUCUUUCUGUGUGUAAGAGAGCGAGGGUGGGGGACGGAGGCAGGCAGGCGAGCAGGCAGAGAGGGGAAGAAGAGAAGGGAAGCUAUUAAACACACACACACACGCGCGCGCGCUCACACACCCGCCCCAACCCCCAGAAGCCUCGGGAUUGCAGCUGUUUCAUGUGGGGCAGCAGUGCCGGCAGGGACGCCGGCCGGGAGCGGCCGGGAGCGGGAGCCGGGCGUGGAGAGCGCGCGGCUGGAGGCUCGCUGGGGCUCCGCUCCCCGCGGGAGCUAUUGUUGGUCUCGCCGGAGCUGAGCGCAGAGCCCGGACUUGCUCCUUCCUGGGAGCCCCGCUCCGGCUCGCGGAGCAGAGGAGCCGCGCGGCCGAGAGCGAGAGGAGCCACCGGCGCGGCGCCUCGCCUCCCUGCCGCCCUCCUCCCCGCUUCCCCGGCGGUAGCAGCCUGCAGCCACGAUGGAAAAACUGAGAAUCAGAGAGGGCUAGUGAUCUCUCGGACACUUGGUCAGUAGAAAAGAUCCUGCACCGUCCUCCAGGAUCCAAUGGCCUUGGGGAAAGGGCUGCAGGGCCGACAGACAUUGCUGACUCUUCAGAACGUGCUGACAUGGAGCCAGGUAGACUGAAAUUACCAUGUGUCCAAAUUAAAAUUGCAUACUUCAAGAAUUAUUUGAAGGACUAUUCUUAGACCCUUUUAAGAAGAUUUAAGAAAAACCACUCAGCCCUGAGUGCGGCGAGGACCCUGUUUGUGGAUGUGGAGGAGCGCGGGCCGGAGGCCAUGGACGUGAAGGAGAGGAAGCCUUAUCGCUCGCUGACCCGGCGCCGCGACGCCGAGCGCCGCUACACCAGCUCGUCCGCGGACAGUGAGGAUGGCAAAGCCCCGCAGAAAUCCUACAGCUCCAGCGAGACCCUGAAGGCCUACGACCAGGACGCCCGUCUCGCCUAUGGCAGCCGCGUCAAGGACAUGGUGCCGCAGGAGGCAGAGGAAUUCUGCCGCGCAGGUGCCAAUUUCACCCUGCGGGAGCUCGGGCUGGGAGAAGUGACGCCCCCUCACGGGACCCUGUACCGGACAGACGUUGGCCUCCCCCACUGCGGCUACUCCAUGGGGGCCGGCUCUGAUGCUGACAUGGAGGCUGACACGGUGCUGUCCCCUGAGCACCCUGUGCGACUGUGGGGCCGGAGCACACGGUCAGGGCGCAGCUCCUGCCUGUCCAGCCGGGCCAACUCCAACCUCACGCUCACCGACACCGAGCACGAAAACACGGAGACUGAUCACCCGGGCGGCCUGCAGAACCACCCGCGGCUCCGGACGCCGCCGCCGCCGCUCUCGCACGCCCACACCCCCAACCAGCACCACGCGGCCUCCAUUAACUCCCUGAACCGGGGCAACUUCACGCCGAGGAGCAACCCUAGCCCGGCCCCCACGGACCAGUCGCUCUCCGGAGAGCCCCCCGCGGGCGGCGCCCAGGAGCCCGCCCACGCCCAGGACAACUGGCUGCUCAACAGCAACAUCCCCCUGGAGACCAGAAACCUAGGCAAGCAGCCAUUCCUAGGGACAUUGCAGGACAACCUCAUUGAGAUGGACAUUCUCGGCGCCUCCCGCCAUGAUGGGGCUUACGGUGACGGGCACUUCCUCUUCAAGCCUGGAGGCACCUCCCCGCUCUUCUGCACCACAUCACCAGGGUACCCACUGACGUCCAGCACAGUGUACUCCCCUCCGCCCCGACCCCUGCCCCGCAGCACCUUCGCCCGGCCAGCUUUUAACCUCAAGAAGCCCUCCAAGUACUGUAACUGGAAGUGCGCAGCCCUGAGCGCCAUUGUCAUCUCAGCCACACUGGUCAUCUUGCUGGCAUACUUUGUGGCCAUGCACCUGUUUGGCCUAAACUGGCACCUGCAGCCGAUGGAGGGGCAGAUGUAUGAGAUCACGGAGGACACAGCCAGCAGUUGGCCUGUGCCAACCGACGUCUCCCUGUACCCCUCAGGGGGCACUGGCUUAGAGACCCCUGACAGGAAAGGCAAAGGAACCGCAGAAGGAAAGCCCAGUAGUUUCUUUCCAGACGACAGUUUCAUAGAUUCUGGAGAAAUUGAUGUGGGGAGACGAGCUUCCCAGAAGAUUCCUCCCGGCACUUUCUGGAGAUCUCAAGUGUUCAUAGACCAUCCUGUGCACCUGAAAUUCAAUGUGUCUCUGGGAAAGGCAGCCCUGGUUGGCAUUUAUGGCAGAAAAGGCCUUCCUCCUUCACAUACACAGUUUGACUUUGUGGAGCUGCUGGAUGGCAGAAGGCUCCUAACUCAGGAGGCGCGGAGCUUGGAGGGGACCCCGCGCCAGUCUCGGGGAGCUGUGCCCCCCUCCAGCCACGAAACAGGCUUCAUCCAGUAUUUGGAUUCAGGAAUCUGGCACCUGGCUUUUUACAAUGAUGGAAAGGAGUCAGAGGUGGUUUCCUUUCUCACCACUGCCAUUGAGUCGGUGGAUAACUGCCCCAGCAACUGCUAUGGCAAUGGCGACUGCAUCUCUGGGACCUGCCACUGCUUCCUGGGUUUCCUGGGCCCUGACUGCGGCAGAGCCUCCUGCCCUGUGCUCUGUAGCGGGAAUGGCCAGUACAUGAAGGGCAGAUGCCUGUGCCACAGUGGCUGGAAAGGCGCCGAGUGCGAUGUGCCCACCAACCAGUGUAUCGAUGUGGCCUGCAGCAACCAUGGGACCUGCAUCAUGGGCACCUGCAUCUGCAACCCUGGCUACAAGGGCGAGAGCUGUGAGGAAGUGGACUGCAUGGACCCUACGUGUUCAGGCCGGGGCGUCUGCGUGAGAGGCGAAUGCCACUGCUCUGUGGGAUGGGGAGGCACCAACUGCGAGACCCCUAGAGCCACAUGCUUAGACCAAUGUUCAGGCCACGGAACCUUCCUCCCCGACACUGGGCUUUGCAGCUGUGAUCCAAGCUGGACUGGACACGACUGUUCUAUCGAGAUCUGUGCUGCUGACUGUGGCGGCCAUGGCGUGUGCAUAGGAGGCACCUGUCGCUGCGAGGAUGGCUGGAUGGGGGCAGCCUGUGACCAGCGGGCCUGCCACCCACGCUGUGCCGAGCAUGGGACCUGCCGUGACGGCAAAUGCGAGUGCAGCCCUGGCUGGAAUGGUGAACACUGCACCAUCGCUCACUAUCUGGAUAGGGUAGUUAAAGAGGGUUGCCCUGGGUUGUGCAAUGGCAAUGGCAGAUGUACCUUAGACCUGAAUGGUUGGCACUGCGUCUGCCAGCUGGGCUGGAGAGGAGCCGGCUGUGACACUUCCAUGGAGACCGCCUGCGGUGACAGCAAAGACAACGAUGGAGAUGGCCUGGUGGACUGCAUGGACCCUGACUGCUGCCUCCAGCCCCUGUGUCAUGUCAACCCACUGUGCCUGGGCUCCCCUGAUCCUCUGGACAUCAUCCAGGAGACACAGGUCCCUGUGUCACAGCAGAACCUACACUCCUUCUAUGACCGCAUCAAGUUCCUGGUGGGCAGAGACAGCACUCACAUAAUCCCCGGGGAGAACCCCUUUGAUGGAGGGCAUGCUUGUGUUAUCCGUGGUCAAGUGAUGACAUCAGAUGGAACCCCCUUGGUUGGUGUGAACAUCAGUUUUGUCAAUAACCCUCUCUUUGGAUAUACAGUCAGCAGGCAAGAUGGCAGCUUUGACUUGGUCACAAAUGGCGGCAUCUCCAUCAUCCUGCGGUUCGAGCGGGCACCUUUCAUCACACAGGAGCACACCCUCUGGCUGCCUUGGGAUCGCUUCUUUGUCAUGGAAACCAUCAUCAUGAGACAUGAGGAAAAUGAGAUUCCCAGCUGUGACCUGAGCAAUUUUGCCCGGCCCAAUCCCGUCGUCUCUCCAUCCCCACUGACGUCCUUCGCCAGCUCCUGUGCAGAGAAAGGCCCCAUCGUGCCAGAAAUUCAGGCUUUGCAGGAGGAAAUCUCUAUCUCUGGCUGCAAGAUGAGGCUGAGCUACCUGAGCAGCCGGACCCCUGGCUACAAAUCUGUCCUGAGGAUCAGCCUCACCCACCCGACCAUCCCCUUCAACCUCAUGAAGGUGCACCUCAUGGUAGCAGUGGAGGGUCGCCUCUUCAGGAAGUGGUUUGCCGCAGCCCCAGACCUGUCCCAUUAUUUCAUUUGGGACAAGACAGACGUCUACAACCAGAAGGUGUUUGGGCUCUCAGAAGCCUUCGUUUCCGUGGGUUAUGAAUAUGAAUCCUGUCCAGAUCUGAUCCUGUGGGAAAAAAGAACAGCAGUGCUGCAGGGCUAUGAAAUUGACGCAUCCAAGCUUGGAGGAUGGAGCCUAGACAAGCAUCAUGCCCUCAACAUUCAAAGUGGCAUCCUGCACAAAGGGAAUGGGGAGAACCAGUUUGUGUCUCAGCAGCCGCCUGUCAUCGGAAGCAUCAUGGGCAAUGGGCGCCGGAGAAGCAUCUCCUGCCCCAGCUGCAAUGGCCUUGCUGAUGGCAACAAGCUCCUGGCCCCAGUGGCCCUCACCUGUGGCUCUGAUGGGAGCCUCUAUGUGGGUGAUUUCAACUACAUUCGUAGGAUCUUCCCCUCUGGAAAUGUCACCAACAUCCUGGAGUUGAGAAAUAAAGAUUUCAGACAUAGUCACAGUCCAGCACACAAAUACUACCUGACCACAGACCCCAUGAGCGGGGCCGUCUUCCUUUCUGACACCAACAGCCGGCGGGUCUUUAAAAUCAAGUCCACCGUGGUGGUGAAGGACCUUGUCAAGAACUCUGAGGUGGUUGCAGGGACAGGUGACCAGUGCCUCCCCUUUGACGACACUCGCUGCGGGGAUGGUGGGAAGGCCACGGAAGCCACACUUACCAAUCCCAGGGGAAUUACAGUAGACAAGUUUGGGCUGAUCUACUUCGUGGAUGGCACCAUGAUCAGACGCAUCGAUCAGAAUGGGAUCAUCUCCACCCUCCUCGGUUCCAAUGAUCUCACAUCAGCCCGGCCGCUCAGCUGUGAUUCUGUCAUGGAUAUUUCCCAGGUUCGCCUGGAGUGGCCCACAGACUUAGCCAUCAACCCGAUGGACAACUCACUUUAUGUCCUGGACAACAAUGUGGUCCUGCAAAUAUCUGAAAACCACCAGGUGCGCAUUGUCGCUGGGAGGCCCAUGCACUGCCAGGUCCCUGGCAUUGACCACUUUCUGCUAAGCAAGGUGGCCAUCCACGCUACCCUGGAGUCGGCCACCGCUUUGGCUGUUUCACACAACGGGGUCCUGUAUAUCGCUGAGACCGAUGAGAAAAAGAUCAACCGCAUCAGGCAGGUCACCACUAGCGGAGAAAUCUCACUUGUUGCAGGGGCCCCCAGUGGCUGUGACUGUAAAAAUGAUGCCAACUGUGACUGUUUUUCCGGAGAUGAUGGUUAUGCCAAGGAUGCAAAGUUGAAUACCCCAUCUUCCUUGGCUGUGUGUGCUGAUGGGGAGCUCUAUGUGGCAGACCUUGGGAAUAUCCGAAUUCGGUUUAUCCGGAAGAACAAGCCAUUCCUCAAUACCCAGAACAUGUAUGAGCUGUCUUCACCAAUUGACCAGGAGCUCUAUCUGUUUGAUACCACUGGCAAGCACCUGUACACCCAAAGCCUGCCCACGGGAGACUACCUGUACAACUUCACCUACACUGGGGAUGGUGAUGUCACACUCAUCACAGACAACAAUGGCAACAUGGUAAAUGUCCGCCGAGACUCUACUGGGAUGCCCCUCUGGCUGGUGGUCCCAGAUGGCCAGGUAUACUGGGUGACUAUGGGCACCAACAGUGCACUCAAGAGUGUGACCACACAAGGACACGAGUUGGCCAUGAUGACAUACCACGGCAAUUCUGGCCUUCUGGCAACCAAAAGCAAUGAAAAUGGAUGGACAACAUUUUAUGAGUACGACAGCUUUGGCCGCCUGACAAAUGUGACCUUCCCUACUGGCCAGGUGAGCAGUUUCCGAGGUGAUACAGACAGUUCAGUGCAUGUCCAGGUAGAGACCUCCAGCAAGGAUGAUGUCACCAUAACCACCAACCUGUCUGCCUCAGGUGCCUUCUACACACUGCUGCAAGACCAAGUCCGGAACAGCUACUACAUCGGGGCCGACGGCUCCCUGCGGCUGCUGCUGGCUAACGGCAUGGAGGUGGCGCUACAGACCGAGCCCCACUUGCUGGCUGGCACUGUCAACCCCACCGUGGGCAAGAGGAAUGUCACGCUGCCCAUCGACAAUGGCCUCAACCUGGUGGAGUGGAGGCAGCGCAAGGAGCAGGCUCGGGGCCAGGUCACUGUCUUCGGGCGCCGGCUGCGGGUUCACAACCGAAAUCUCCUGUCUCUGGACUUUGACCGCGUAACACGCACAGAGAAGAUCUAUGAUGACCACCGCAAGUUCACCCUUCGGAUCCUGUACGACCAGGCAGGGCGGCCCAGCCUCUGGUCACCCAGCAGCAGGCUGAAUGGUGUCAAUGUGACAUACUCCCCUGGGGGUCACAUUGCUGGCAUCCAGAGAGGCAUCAUGUCUGAAAGAAUGGAGUAUGACCAGGCAGGCCGCAUCACGUCCAGGAUCUUCGCUGAUGGGAAAACAUGGAGCUACACAUACUUAGAGAAGUCCAUGGUGCUGCUACUACACAGCCAGAGGCAGUAUAUCUUUGAGUUCGACAAGAAUGACCGCCUCUCUUCUGUGACGAUGCCCAACGUGGCGCGGCAGACGCUGGAGACCAUCCGCUCAGUAGGGUACUACAGAAACAUCUACCAGCCCCCUGAGGGCAAUGCCUCAGUCAUACAGGACUUCACUGAGGAUGGGCAGCUCCUCCACACCUUCUACCUGGGCACCGGCCGUAGGGUGAUAUACAAGUAUGGCAAACUGUCGAAGCUGGCGGAGACACUGUACGACACCACCAAGGUCAGCUUUACCUAUGACGAAACGGCAGGCAUGCUGAAGACCAUCAACCUGCAGAACGAGGGCUUCACCUGCACCAUCCGCUACCGUCAGAUCGGGCCCCUGAUCGACCGGCAGAUCUUCCGCUUCACUGAGGAAGGCAUGGUCAACGCCCGUUUUGACUACAACUAUGACAACAGCUUCCGGGUGACCAGCAUGCAGGCUGUGAUCAACGAGACCCCACUGCCCAUCGAUCUCUAUCGCUAUGAUGAUGUGUCAGGCAAGACGGAGCAGUUUGGGAAGUUUGGUGUCAUCUACUAUGACAUUAACCAGAUCAUCACCACAGCUGUUAUGACCCACACCAAGCAUUUUGAUGCAUAUGGGAGGAUGAAGGAGGUGCAGUAUGAGAUCUUCCGCUCACUCAUGUACUGGAUGACUGUCCAGUAUGAUAACAUGGGGCGAGUAGUGAAGAAGGAGCUGAAGGUAGGACCCUACGCCAAUACCACCCGCUACUCCUAUGAGUACGAUGCCGAUGGCCAACUGCAGACAGUCUCCAUCAACGACAAACCACUCUGGCGCUACAGCUAUGACCUCAAUGGGAACCUGCACUUACUGAGCCCUGGGAACAGUGCACGGCUCACACCACUACGGUACGACCUCCGCGACCGCAUCACUCGGCUAGGUGACGUGCAGUACAGGAUGGACGAGGAUGGCUUCCUGAGGCAGCGGGGUGGUGAUAUCUUUGAGUACAAUUCAGCUGGCCUACUCAUCAAGGCCUACAACCGGGCUGGCAGCUGGAGCGUCAGGUACCGCUACGACGGCCUGGGGCGGCGGGUGUCCAGCAAGAGCAGCCACGGCCACCACCUGCAGUUCUUCUAUGCAGACCUGACCAGCCCCACCAAGGUCACCCACCUCUACAACCACUCCAGCUCGGAGAUCACCUCCCUCUACUAUGACUUGCAAGGACACCUCUUUGCCAUGGAGCUGAGCAGUGGUGACGAGUUUUACAUAGCUUGUGACAAUAUCGGGACUCCUCUUGCUGUCUUUAGUGGAACAGGUUUGAUGAUCAAGCAAAUCCUAUACACAGCCUAUGGGGAGAUCUACAUGGACACCAACCCCAACUUUCAGAUCAUCAUAGGCUACCACGGUGGCCUCUAUGAUCCACUCACCAAGCUUGUCCACAUGGGCCGGCGAGAUUACGAUGUGCUGGCUGGACGCUGGACUAGCCCAGACCACGAGCUGUGGAAGCACCUUAGUAGCAGCAACAUCAUGCCUUUUAACCUCUACAUGUUUAAAAACAACAACCCCAUCAGCAACUCUCAGGACAUCAAGUGCUUCAUGACAGAUGUUAACAGCUGGCUGCUCACCUUUGGAUUCCAGCUACACAACGUGAUCCCUGGUUAUCCCAAACCAGACAUGGAUGCCAUGGAACCCUCCUACGAGCUCAUCCACACACAGAUGAAAACCCAGGAGUGGGACAACAGCAAGUCUAUCCUCGGGGUACAGUGUGAAGUACAGAAGCAGCUCAAGGCCUUCGUCACCUUAGAACGCUUUGACCAGCUCUAUGGCUCCACGAUCACCAGCUGCCAGCAGGCCCCAAAGACCAAGAAGUUUGCAUCCAGCGGCUCAGUCUUUGGCAAGGGGGUCAAGUUCGCCUUAAAGGAUGGUCGAGUGAACACAGACAUCAUCAGUGUGGCCAACGAGGAUGGGCGAAGGGUUGCUGCCAUCUUGAACAAUGCUCACUACCUAGAGAACCUGCACUUCACCAUUGAUGGGGUGGACACCCAUUACUUUGUGAAACCAGGGCCUUCAGAAGGUGACCUGGCCAUCCUGGGCCUCAGUGGGGGGCGGCGAACCCUGGAGAAUGGGGUCAACGUCACUGUGUCCCAGAUCAACACAAUGCUUAAUGGCAGGACUAGACGCUACACAGACAUCCAGCUCCAGUACGGGGCACUGUGCUUAAACACACGCUACGGGACAACAUUGGACGAGGAGAAGGCGCGGGUCCUGGAGCUAGCCCGGCAGAGAGCCGUGCGCCAGGCGUGGGCCCGCGAGCAGCAGAGACUGCGGGAAGGGGAGGAAGGCCUGCGGGCCUGGACAGAGGGGGAGAAGCAGCAGGUGCUGAGCACAGGGCGGGUGCAAGGCUAUGACGGCUUCUUCGUGAUCUCUGUUGAGCAGUACCCAGAACUGUCGGACAGCGCCAACAACAUCCACUUCAUGAGACAGAGCGAGAUGGGCCGGAGGUGACAGAGAGGGCCAAGGCCUGGACUUCUUGCCAAAGACAGCUACUCUUUUGUGGCCACAUACCUGACUGUGUUGUACUUUAAAAAAAUGAUUUUUUUAACAAGUGCAGAAAACAAAAAGAUACUGGUUGCAUUGUAACUCAUGCAACAUCCUUUUUUUUAGAAAAGAGAAACACAAAUUUGGCCUUCGCACAUUUUUUGCAAAGAACAGGAGGUAUUUUUUUCUGUAGUGUGAUCACAAUGAAAACUUGAUUGUCGUUUGUUCCCUUUUUCCUUGAGGGUUUUUCCCCUUGUCGUUUGGGGUAUGUAUCUCCUCUCUGAGACACAUCUCCUGGGGUGUGUCCUUGUCUGUCCCUAGGUACCCAGUGUGAUGUGGGACAUGAAUGUCUGUGCUAACUUGUCUCUUGUGCAACCCUUUCUUCUUCAAUUGGGGUCGGGCAGGAGUAAAGGGAGUGAGGGGCCAGCACAACACACCUUCCAAGGGGGCCUGGGAGGACCUGCGGCACCUUGGCUGGACUCUGCGGAAGAGUGGUGGGUUUCUUCUCACCGUGUUCUGUGCCUCCAGAGGACCACAGAUGGCUUCAUCUUGCUCAAGGGAAUUUCAUGGUGGUGUUCAGCACCUUUUUUAAGCUGCCCCAAACUCCUGUCCAAGCUUUCUAUUUUGAUGCGAAAUGAAACCCCCUACCCCUUUGGCAAAUCUCAUGUAGUUGUCAGUGCCACCACCAUGCUGGGAUAGAGAAAGUGUCUCCCAGGUCCUUUCUCCCAGAACGGUGACAUAACGUCCUGGGCUUAGCACCCCAUCCUCCCGGGAGGGAAAGCACCCAGGAUGCCUGUGAUUGGUUGGUCCUCCAUGAUGUUCCUGUUCAUCUCGUCCUCUCUCCCAAAGCCAGAUGUGAGAACCAGCACUGCACAGCAAGCCCUCAGUGUAGGCACCAUGUCCACGGAAGGGAAGGCCACCCAUGGCAAAGGGAUGGCAGUGGUGGCGAGGAUACUAGCCUGCCUUCCAAGGUGAAGCCCACUCUCUGACUUUGAGUAUCUUCCCUCCACUGCCCAGCUGCCACCACUGAGACGUAGGAAUGUGGAGGGAGGUUCUUGGUGGCCUUUGAUUCUGGAAAAAUGCAUAAGAAAAAAAAAACAGCCAAAGAGAGGAAGGCAUGAGUCAAGCAUCCUUCUAACCAGCUCCUGAAGUCCCGUCUGCCUCCAUGUACAAGCUGAUUGCAGAGCUGGAAUGGGGCAGGAUGGGCUUCAAGGACGUUUCUUAAGUUCUGAAACAGCUUUCCCUUCAGAGAAGCCCAACCAGGGUGUUUUUUAGUGACAGGAAGAAAGGAGGAAAGAGCUGAUGUGGUGUGGCCUGCCCGUGUCAUACAACCCCUCCAGGAGCAGGGUAGUUCCCAAGGUGGGUGCUCGUGGAUCUGGGAGGCCAGGCUAGCGUGGUUCCUGUGAAGACUUGUGCCUCCGUCAUCAGGGAGGGGCCUGAGCCCUCUCAGGAGCAGGGACAGCACCCCCAAGCCGAGGCAGCAGCCAGCAGGCUGGGGGAGCAGUGAGGGCAGGGGGAAUCACAGCCAGAGCUGGGAGCCCCUUGUUCAAGGAUUCCAUUCCUGGUUCAUCCACCUAAUUACUAUUGUCGUUACCACUCACAAGAGGAUCUGGGAGACGGGAGGGGAAGCCAAAUGCUUCCUUUUAAGCUGGGCUUCUUAGAAAAUGGAACUUUUAUGGGUUACAUUUACAUUAAGUGUGGAAAAUGAAUUCUGAGUCUGAGCUAUUCCCCGUGGAAACCUUGUUGGACUGAUAAGCUCAUGGCACCUUUAUAGCCUUACUCACAGAGUCUUCAGAAUAUUACACAAGUUAAUGAAACUGAGAAGGUCUCUGACUGCAUGAGAAUCGGAGCAGCAUAUAGUCUGGGUUCUGCCUGGCAGAGGGAGGCAUCCAAAACUUCUCCGGAGAGGAGGUGUCGCCUUACGUCAUCCCACUGGGAUGAGAGGAUGUGUUUCUCUAAGUGCUCUUCCUGUUUCCAAAAAGUCACACUGCCGCAGCAGUGCACCUUGGCCUGCCUGUCCACUGGUUGCCCGUUUCCCCUGGAUCCAGAGCUCUACUGAGUCAGAUACAGUGCUCCCCAGGCCUGCUAUGUGAGACAUGAGCUGGAGAUGGGGGCUCCCAUCUGGCAGGAUCGUUCUUGGAUGAGAUGGAAAACAGUUUGGCCUAAAGAACAUGAGUUUUAUUCUUCAGAAGGGACUUAGGCCUCUCAGAAUGUACUCUUCAUACCAAGGGCCCUUGGGCAAAGCACUUCUGCCCAGUUGAUCAGUCCCAUCCUGGCUGGCCAACAUCAGUGAAGACCUGCUGGAUAUCUGCUCAGAGGUCAGAGACAGCAUGUGGUCCACAGGAACCAGCUCCCUACACCUGUCCCUCCUCCAUAGCCCCCUCCCCAAAGGAACAGGGUAGACGUUUACGGAUCAGAACCGGAGAAUUAAUGGGUCUUUCAUUUCUUUUUUUUUUUUUUCCCAUGGAGAUGGGAUCUCACUAUGUUGCCUAGGCUGAUCUGUAACUUCCGGCCUCAGGUGGCCCGCCUUGGCCUCCCAAAGUGCUGGGGUUACAGGUAUGAGCCACUGUACCUGGUCUGAAUGUUUGUUUCUUUAAAGGAUCUUAUAUUUUUCCUGGGCUACAUACCACCAUAGCAGCCCAGUUUCUGUGGGGAGAGAAGUUGAAGGAUCCCGAAACUUUAGAGAAAGGAUCUCAGCUGUGGUACAGGCAGUGUUAUGCACCUCACUUUCACAUUGCUGCUGUUGUAUUGAAGAUGGUGCUUCUGGCCUUGGCACUUUAGAGUUGGUUUCCAUUUGGGCUGCAGGUGACUCAUUGCCUCCCCUCUCGAGCUGUCCUCCUGCUGAGUCCAACAGUUCCAACCCCAUGGCAAGGGAGGGUUUGAAGUCCUAAGACAGGGUUCCCUGUGCCUACGUAACAGGCUCUAAGCAUCAACUCCCAUCCUGAGCGCACAGGCCCUUCUGACACUAACCAGCCAAAUCUGUUCAUUCAUUAGAGUGACCAGACCUCCCUCACCUGCCCAGCUGUAUGAUCCUACAGGACGCUGGCCUCUGACCCUAGUGAAGGUUUAUUUUCAAACAGUUACUGCCCUGCACAGCCACCAGCUGGUCCCGCAUCCUCAGCCCCUAUACCACCACCUUAAAUAGGACUUAACUGAUUCCCCACCUUUCUUUUUUGUAGGAUGAGAUUUCCUUUUUACCCCCAGCCCUCCACUCCAAACAGACAUUGUUGGAGGGCAGAGCUAGGACAACUGGAGGAAGGGGAAGGCAUGUCAGUCAGUUACUUCCCUGCCAGCCUCUGAUCCUCAUCUCUCAGAAUUGUUGGCUAAGAAUUAACCCAAGGACCACACCAGUGCCUGAUUUCUACUUGGGGAUAGAGAAUUGGAAAUAAUCCCUAAGGAACUUACCGAGGGUGAGAAUGGCCAGGAGGUGUGCGUCCAGAUAACCAGGAGGGGGCGCAGAAGAGGAUGGAGAGGCAGACCGGGCAGUGUUUUAUAGACACAGAACACAGAAUCAGCAUUUAAAAAAAGAAGAAAAACAAACCUUCUCAGCUGUGACUUUAAAGUAUCACCUUUAUAGAUGGCAGGGAUUUCCAUUAUGGAAAGAUGAGGCUUUCAAUGUGAUUAUCUUAGAAUACCGUUUUGCCACUUGCAGCCUUAUAUUUGUGGUGGCCACGUGGUGAGGGUAGUGAUGCUGAGGUUUCUGCCCAGGAUUGAGCUUUUGAGCUCUCGGCAGGUCCCAGGCUUGGGGAUUUGAGCAUCCACUGCUCAGAAUCCAGGCUAUUCUCCACUCCUCACAGCAGCCACUAAGCCCAGGAGCCGGUCCUGGCCCAGAGACACAUCUCCUGAGGGAUCCCAGAAAGAACCCAGUCUCGCCUUUCCCUUGGGGUCCUCGUUAGAAUGAAAACCCCUCUGUUAAGGCACAUCAUUCCCAGUUAGAUUUAUACACUUGUCUAUAUUUUAUUGGAGGAAAUGGAAUUAAAAAAGAACUCUGCAGUUCAAGACCCUUUUAUUUAACCUUCCAAAAACAGCAAAUUCAUUUUAAAGACUCAUUGCUGAGGUGAUAGAAACUUUAUCCUCUCCAGCCUUUACAUUUGCAAAAACCAUCCUUGUGUACUUGACUGCCCCAUACAGUGGUGACACUUAGGUUUCAUUAUGAAUGUGGAGGAUCAGAGUUGGGGGAGGCCCAGGCGAGGGCCAAUGUUGUGUUUCUUACCCCCUCUGGAAUGCCAAAGGCAAGCUACUAGCCGACCUCCUGGUCCCCGAGAAAAUGUGAUUUAUUCUGAGGGCGAACUGCCAAGGGGAGAACUCAGCCUGGAGCAGCUCAGCCAUCCUGGCAGGAGCUGAGCCACAGGUGUCUGGCGGGGCCCCAGCGGCGCUGGAUUCACCCAACACCAGAAUCCCACUUUUCUAAAUCCACCUGUUGUUCUGAGGACCUCUGAACCCACAGCUUCGGCAAAAGGAGUCUGUACCAAGCUGCCUCUGGACAACCAACACUAGAGACUCUGGCCUUACCAUGUGGCAAUCAUUUUCCUGAAGUCUGGAACUAAUUUUGAGAAGUUUUUUUCUCAACACUUUUGUGUUUCUAACACUGUAUCUUGACUGUGUAAAUACCAACAAGGCUGUAAAUAAAUGCAGAUGUAGAUACCUUCUAGAAAAAAAAAAGCAUAAAAACAAAACCAGAAGAGAUCCCGUGUAGCCUUCGUUGACAAAUAAAAGACUAUUUUGUGUUUAAA